UUUUCAAAAGACCCUUCCCACCUGCUAAAGGCCCAAUCUGUCAAACUCCACCCCACUCUCACGGACAUCCACACCCACAGUUUGUAACUGUGUCUAAAUCCCAGCCUGAUGACAUCAUCAGGGUUAUUAACUGUACACAGAGCCAAAAGUGACAAUACAGCUAUUGUCACAGGCUGAAUAGCGACUCCUUAUGAUGAGAAAACUGACCCUUUGUGUAAACGUGUGUCCCUUUAAAAAGCCUACGUUUAGGAGCCUGAAUCAUAUGUUUGAUGUAGCCUACAUACUGUAAGAACUCCCCUCCCUUUCAGUAUAAAUAGUAUAACACCUGUGUUUAAGUGGGCUCGCCCUGUAGUUUUUUCCCAAAACAACCCCCCUUAAGAUAAACAGACUGGGAUGCUCUAUUUUCUUCAGCUAGAGCUAUUAUAGCAUGAUAUGUUCAUUCUAAGCAACUGCCUCAUUGCACUGCUAUUGCAAAACCAAAGACCAUCCCACCGGCAUGACUGUGUCACUCAAAGCAGUGCUGGAGCAAUGGGAAUUUUUGCGGGCUAAAGUCAUGUCAUCUGAGACAUUUAAUUGGGCCCAGGCCGCCACAGGGGGACAGCGGACGGCAUUCCUCCACUGCCUGUGCCCUGUUGUGUUGCUCUUUGCCGCAUGGCUGCAGUCUGUGGAUAACAUGUCCAUGCCCACGCAAACUUGAGUUGCUGGAGUCCCUCUGACUGACACCAGAGCAGUGCAGGCCUUGACUAUGGUGGAAAACUUCUGAAUUCAAAAUAAUAGUUGGAGUCUCAAGAGGGAAGUGGCGUCAACUCUUGGAGAGGUACUUGUGCCAUAUCUGCUGAAUUUGCGCAGGGGUGCAGCAGCUGAGAGACGACCUGUACUUCUUCUGAAGAGACCUCAGCAGGGGUCCGACGGGGAAGAGAUCACUAUUGAGGACAUUCACUGCUUUAAACUUUAUUAUACGAAAUUUCCAGGGUCGGGUUUGUGCUGCUUCAGCUCUGUUUUGUGCCUGUGGCCUCGUGAAGGGAUAAAUGAUCACCUCAACCAGAAGAGUGUCUCCCGACAAAUCUGAAGUUAGAAUCGCCUUCAGCCUCGACGACACAUCAGAUGUAAAAGAUGCGGAGGACCUCCCUCAGACUUUCCCAGAUCUUGAACAGCGAUUACAGCCAGUGCCCCCUUGUGUGUCUCUGAGAGAGAGUGUUCAGGUGUACAAGGAACACUGCAGGAUGGCGAGAGAGUUCAACCAGGUCAAACAUGAGAUUGCCGUGCUUGAGGAUCGCAAGCGUAAGUUGCUGGCAGAGUUGGUAGAGGAUGAGAAGGUUGCCAUUGAGAUCGUCCGUCUUGAGGAGGAGUUUCUGCGCCUAACAGAGGAGAACCGCACCUUGGUGACUGUCCACAAUGAGCGCGCUCAGCAGCUGGAGAGCCUCUGCUUGACCAAUCGAACGAGGCAGGACUCCUCGUCGUGACCCCUGACAUCCGCCGAACCUGAGACCCCAAAC